GCACAGGCGGCGCCGCUCUUAAAGCCACUGGCGAACUGGGAGUGCGUUUGCGGCAGCAGCAGCCGGCAGCCCCGGGGAUCCUUAUCUGCAUUUACCUGUCCCUGUCACUCGGACGCACACCACAUACCAUAGUACCAGCCCGGAGCAAUUAAUUCAUUGCAAAUCACUGCUUUCUCCUCGGUGACAUUUAUUUUUUUAAAUUUCAAUCGCUGCACUGGCUUAAUGAACACAGCAGCAGCAGCUCGAAAGUGAAGUCAAAAGAAGAGCUGAAGGUUUGUGCACUGCAGCUCCUGGAUCACCCCACCCCCCAGAUCAUCCAUCUCCCGUUCGACUUCCUUAUUAUAAGGUGGGCUGCGAGGAAAACUAAACCUUCUUUGGAAACGUCUCCGGUCGGGUUGCGUUUAUUUAUAGAUGAACAGUGCAAAAGAUCCAUUGACUUUGGACCACCUGAGAAAUAUCAACAGCGGCAAUAAACUGGUGCGGGAUCAGGCAGCUUUAACGAUGGCUUCGGGCUUGCAAGCUGGGCGAACAAGCGAGCCCAAGCACCGGCUCGAGGUGCACACUUUAUCGGACACCUCCAGUCCUGACACGGGAGAAAAAGAUAAAAUUCAACAAAGCAAAAACGAUGACACGAAUACAGACGACCCAUCAAAGAAAAAGAGACAAAGGCGCCAGAGGACGCAUUUCACCAGUCAACAGCUACAAGAACUGGAAGCAACUUUUCAAAGAAAUCGCUACCCAGAUAUGUCCACGAGGGAAGAGAUUGCAGUUUGGACCAAUUUAACUGAAGCUAGAGUUCGGGUCUGGUUUAAAAACCGCAGGGCGAAGUGGAGGAAACGCGAACGCAACCAGCAAGCGGAGCUGUGCAAAACUGGCUUUGGACCUCAGUUCAAUGGACUGAUGCAACCGUACGACGACAUGUACCCCGGCUACUCCUACAACAACUGGGCUGCCAAGGGCUUGACAUCGGCAUCGCUCUCCACGAAGAGCUUCCCUUUCUUUAAUUCCAUGAACGUGAAUCCUUUGUCCUCCCAGACUAUGUUCUCCUCUCCCAAUUCCAUUUCAUCCAUGAGCAUGUCAUCCAGCAUGGUGCCCUCUGCAGUGACCGGGGUACCAGGCUCCGGUCUCAACAGUCUCAAUAACUUGAACAACCUAAGCAACCCAUCUCUGAACUCCGCCGUACCAGCAGCGACAUGCCCUUACGCUCCGCCGACCCCACCGUACGUCUACCGGGACACUUGUAACUCAAGCUUGGCGAGCCUUAGACUCAAAGCCAAGCAACAUUCAAGUUUUGGAUACGCCAGUGUUCAGAACCCAGCGUCUAACUUGAGCGCCUGCCAAUAUGCUGUGGACAGGCCUGUGUGAGAAAUAAGAGGAGCCUUUUCAGACUGAUGAACUCCAAGAAAUAAUUUAAAAUAUAAUGGGCACUAUGACAACCACUGAACCUGUGUAGCUAAACUCCACAGAAGCGAAGGAGCAAGCGUUACCCCCCCCCCCCCCCCCCUUCCCCUUAAGACCCCGUUUGAACAUACUUUCCAUCAGAUAAAGAAAACGUUUGACCAUUAAAAGAAAUACUCUGAUUAGUUGACUGGAUAUCACCUUUAUUAAUACCAUAUAAGCUUGUUAUUUUUAAGUUCGGCAUUGUGAUAAUUAAAAGAAAAAUGUUUGGCGGAAAGAAUGUGUAUAUAUCGAAAUGUCAAAUUAAUUUUAUAAAAAGCAAUUGUUAGUACUAUCACGCCAGUGUUUUUUGAAGUUACAUAACAAUAAAGCAUGUCACGUGGAAACUUGAAGGAUUAUUUCCGUUUAAGAGCAAGGGAAUGUAUAUACUAACGGCAAACACUUGUAUGUUUCUAACACUGUCUAUUAUUACUAAUUAUGAUUAUUAAAGUCUGUGUGGAUAUCAGUUUUAAGACUAGUACCUCCGGUUGUAAGAUUCAGUGCUGUUCCGGGGAGAGAAAAAAAUCAUGUACAAGCUAUCCUGUAUAUAAAAUUGGCUAUGGUAUUAAGUGUUUCUUUUCCAAGUAAAAAAGACGAAGCAUUGUGCGUUACAGGGACGAAAAAAUAUACAGUAAAACCAUUUUGUCUAAUGGGA